ACCCCGGCUCUCCUUGGCCUUGGGCUAUCAGAAAAGACUGGCAGGAGACUAAACCUGUGUUCCCGAGUGGAGAGAAGGCAUUCCUGCAAGUGGGAGGACGCUGCGGGUCAGAGCCGGGACUGUUCAUGCUAGUGUCCUGUGAGCUCUCGUGGUAGCCGGCCAACAGCUGCUGUGUCUGAGCAGCCUUGCUGAGAGGAAGGACGAUGGCUUGCAUUGAGUUUUCCUUUCAUGUGCCAAGCCUGGAGGAGCUUGCUGAAGUUUUGCAGAAGGGGCUAAAGGACAACUUUGCUGAUGUCCAGGUCUCAGUGGUUGACUGCCCAGAUUUAACAAAGGAGCCAUUUAACUUUCCUGUAAAAGGCAUCUGUGGGCAAACUAGAAUUGCAGAAGUAGGAGGUGUGCCUUACUUAUUGCCUCUUGUAAACAAAAAAAAAGUUUAUGACCUAAAUGAAAUUGCAAAAGAAAUAAAGCUGCCUGGCGCGUUUAUCCUUGGAGCGGGUGCAGGUCCAUUUCAGACGCUUGGGUUCAAUUCUGAGUUCAUGCCAAUUGUUCAAACAGCAAGUGAACACAACCAACCUGUGAAUGGAAGUUACUUUGCCCGUAAAAAUCCUGUAGAUGGAGAGUGCCUGCUGGAGAAAUACAGCCAAAAAUAUCAUGAUUUUGGAUGUGCACUACUGGCUAAUCUUUUUGCCAGUGAGGGCCAACCUGGCAAGGUCAUUGAAGUGCAAGCCAAGAGAAGAAAAGGAGAACUUAACUUUGUGAGCUGCAUGAGACAGACACUGGAGGAGCGCUACGGUGACAAGCCUGUGGGGAUGGGAGGCACCUUCAUUGUGCAGAAAGGGAGAGUGAAAGCCCACAUCAUGCCUGCAGAGUUUUCUUCCUGCCCACUGAACUCGGACGAAGCUGUCAAUAAAUGGCUACACUUCUAUGAGAUGAAGGCUCCCUUGAUUUGUCUACCAGUUUUUGUUUCCAAAGACCCUGGGCUUGAUUUGCGACUGGAGCACACACAUUUCUUCAGUCAUCAUGGAGAAGGUGGACACUACCACUACGAUACGACCCCAGACACAGUGGAGUACCUUGGAUACUUCUCACCUGCACAGUUCCUGUAUCGCAUUGAUCAGCCCAAAGAGACCCAUGCCUUUGGGAGAGAUUAAAGCAGCUGUGUAAUGGUUAGCUAAGGUUAA